AUUUCUUCAAAGCAAAUAAAAAUAUUUUAAAUAUGUUUGCAGCUCAGUACAAAGUUUAACCAUGGGACAUAAUCAAAAAUAAAAUUUGAAUAGUUCCAUAGCUACUGCCACAGAAAAAAAACUCCACGAAAAUAAAUGGAAUUUGAAGGCAUUUCUAAUGCGGUAUGGUUGCACAGAAAUACUUGUUUAUACUUUGCACCCAUUAUGUGCGUUGUUUUUCAGAUAAGUUUCAGACAGGAUUUAAGGUGUAGAAGCGCUUUUUAGUGUUUAGUAUUACAGUCUAGCAAGUACACAUCCCAUCUGUGUGUGUAUCGCCUAUGUAUUUGUCCAGAUCCAGACUGUUUUAAAAAUAUGACCUAUGAAACGAACUCAUUUAAUACACUGUGUUUUAGGGCUUUAUUUCUAUACACAAGGCAAAAUACAUGUCCCUCUUUUAAAAAUUAAUAAAAUUUACUUGUUAAUAAUGUAAUCAAAAUGAAGAAAAGCCAUAAAGCUUAGAUAUUUGUUUCAAUACUGCAAAUUUUUUUAUGUUUUUGUUUCUUAGUAUUCCAUCAUUUUUUAUUGUUGCAUUUGUGUCUGGUUUGUGAAACGUAUCACUGUUGUGAUGGUACUAAUAGAUUGGUGCGGGGAUGACGUCAUUUUGUAUGCCAAAACCCGGAAACGAGUUAGCAUUUUAGCAUUUCCGGUUCCAUGGUCCCGAAGCCAAUGGGUUUUUUAAACGGGAUUUUGGUUAAAAGCCUGAAAUAAGCGGUAUGAAAAUGAGCGCAGAUCGCUUCACCAUCACCGCAGAGGACUAUUUAGCAGAGACCAGUGCUCUUUUCUAUCUGAAUGAUGCUGUGACUCAGCUGCUGGAGCACAGAGAGGAAUUCAUCCAGUUCGGCAUCGUGCGGUAUUUUGCAGAAUACUUCACCAGUGUGAAGAACGGGAAUCACGUUCUCUUCAGAGAAUUCAGCUAUGUUAAAGGUACAGCACACAACCGAGUGUCCUUCAUCCACGUCUUCUGGAAAUGCUUCAGACAGAUUGGAAAGAACAGAGAUUUGCUGACGAUGAUGGAGUACACGUCGCUUCUCCAGCUCUUAUGCCCAGACUUUCCUGCUGAAAUGGUGCAGAAUACAGCCAAGAUUGUCUUGAUGGAGGACGCUACGGAAUGCCCCAUGUCCCUCUCAGAUUUCAUCUACUCUUUCCAAAUCCAGUUUUACUAUGAAGAGUUCCUGGAGAGUGUGUUGGCGAUUUAUGAGGACUUGCUCGUAGGAAAGAACCCGAACACCGUCAUCGUCCCGACCUCAGCGUCAUCGGAAACAAUAUCCAGCGAGGAGACGGAGACGCAGGAGGGGGUGGAUUCCUCUGUCCUGCUGGAGUGUAUCGAGGGACUGUGUGAACGUUUUAAACACAAACAUCCACCUCUCUCUGCCAUUAAGGAGGCUCUGGAGAACAGCACACGAGUCUCCUACUACAGCUUCCUGAUGGCUUUGGCCAAACAUGACGGAAUCAGUCGGGAAAUCGGUGCUCUUCCGAACAGAUCAGACCUGCUCAUCGACCCCGAGAUGGAUCAGGAGUUGGAGAGGCUCGUGGCUCAGGUGGCCAUCAGUCCGACAUCCAACAGCAGCAGCAGUGCACAAGGACUGAAAGAGCCGUGCAGGAAACCAUCACCACGUAAAUCCCUGCACCAGCGCAAGAGGAUCGAGAUGGAGAGCGACGGCUCCACUGAGGAGACCGACUCCUCCGAGAAUUAAGACAUGGAACAGCAAUGUGGUGCCUUCACUUUAUUAAAUACCAAAAAUAUCGGUUGUUAGCAUCAAAUCCAAUUCUACCAAAUCAUUAAGUGAGGCAGAAUCUUAUUGGAGAAUUGAAAAGAUCUGAAAUCACAACCAGAUUAAACACUUCUUUGUGUAUGGAUUCACUUGUGACGAGUGUGUAACAGGGCAUGCCAUGGUUGUGUGCUUUGUUUAAACUUAUUUAUUGUACAUUUUGUGUGUACAUAUAGAAAUAUAGCUUGUAUCCAUGACUUGUAUUUUCUUUUUAAUAAUAUGUGAAACUGUGAAUUUAAAUAUCCUUAUUUGAUGAUGUAAAUAAGCAGUGAAAACGUAUCUGUAGAAAUUGUCCGUUUUUUCCCCAGCAAUAUCCUGUGACUGACGCAUUUUUUAAAUAAACAAUGGUGGAGAACCUUAAAAAGGUAGUUUGGCCAAAACAAUUUUUCCCUUACACCAAAUGGAGGUGAUUAGCCAAGAUGUAAUGAUGUCUGCAGUUCGCUUCUUUCGUGUUUUUUUUUUUUGUUUAGUUAGAUCUACAAGGAUAAUGGAGAUAAAAAAUAUAGUGACUUGGAUAAGUAUUCACCUCUUUGUAGUCUUAAAACCUGGAACUGCUGUGCACAUAGCUGUGAAACCGCUGGUGCAAUCAGUUGGCAUCAAAAGUCACAUAAUUAUUUGAAUGAAGUUUACAUGUGUGUAAUUAAAGUGUUUAUAUAAUCUCAAUAUAAAUACACUUGUGGAAAAACGACUAAACAGUUGGGAAAAUGUUCUCACUAAUAUUAUUUGUAGAUGUAGUCAGUUCCAGAACAAUUGGCACCUUUGUUAAAGUUUGGUUAAAAACCAUAAGUAAUAAAAGUCUGUGGUUUAUUAGCCUCAUCUUAAACUGAAUUUUGGGGGAAUUUAGAUUUUUUUUUUUUCUUCUUAAAAUACAUUUUCUGCAAUUAAAGUUUACAUUUCUCUCAUUUUUAGUGUAAGAUUAACUCAAUUAACCUAAUUAAAUAAUUCUGGAGCUGGCCUUAAAUAUUUUCAUAAAAAAACAGAACAGGUCUGUAUUUAAAAACUAAAUAUUGGAACUAUAUUAUCAUCCCAAUCACUUACUUACUAACAUACUAGAUUUCUGCUUUUACAUUUUAGGCCACACCCCCUGCCAGAGUCUGAUAUCAAACCUGUGCUGGGGAAGAAAGUGAUUCUUCCUCAGUGAAGAAAGAUGGCUACUGCUGUGUUUUUCAUUUUUGUUUGUUUGUUUAAUCCUGCAAUGUCCUUUUGUACAUUUUACAGAUAACAGAUAACCUAAUCACAUCUGUUUGACACCUCAACAUAGUUUGAGAGAAGUACGUAAUAACUAAGGAUUGAGGUUUUCACGAUGCUUAACUCAUAGCCUUAAUCCCUUACUUUUUUUUUUUUUUUUUUUUUUGAGCUAUACAGCUGUAGUGCAAAAGUGAGAAUUAACAAUUGGAAUAUAAUUUAUUUUUAGCCAAUAUAUAAUUUUAAACCCAAUGAGCUACCACUUCACCUUGGUGCAAAUCAGACUCCAGUACAACACAUUUACAAA